AUGCAGACCAUCAACAACGCCUUUGUCGCCCUCGGCCUCGCGCCCGCCGCCGACGCCGCGCCCGCCUCGUCCGGCACCGUCCACGUCUCGAGUGAGGACGCCAUCCACCUCGAGGAGGAGUACAGCGCGCACAACUACCACCCGUUGCCGGUCGUCUUUGAGCGCGCCGAGGGCGCGCUCGUGUGGGACCCCGAGGGCAACGAGUACAUCGACUGCCUGAGCGCCUACAGCGCCGUCAACCAGGGCCACUGCCACCCGCACAUCGUCAAGGCGCUCGUCGAGCAGGCCAACAAGCUCACCCUCAGCUCGCGCGCGUUCCACACGUCGUCCCUCGGCCCCUUCUCCAAGUACCUCACCGAGCUCACCGGCUUCGAGAUGGCGCUCAUGAUGAACACGGGCGCCGAGGCGGUCGAGACGGCCAUCAAGGUGGCGCGCAAGUGGGCCUACAAGGUCAAGGGCGUCGAGAAGGACAAGGCCAUCGUCCUGUCGGCUGCCGACAACUUCCACGGUCGCACCAUCGGCAUCAUCUCGAUGUCGACCGACCCCGACUCGACCACCGGCUUCGGCCCGUUCGUGCCCUCGGUCGGCCCGCAGUGCCCCGUCAAGGGCGAGGCCGGCCGCAUCCCGUACAACGACGUCGCGGCGCUCGAACGCGCCCUUGACGCGCACGGCAAGGACGUCGCCGCGUUCCUCGUCGAGCCGAUCCAGGGCGAGGCCGGCAUCGUCGUCCCUGACGAGGACUACCUCGAGAAGGUCCAGGCGCUGUGCCGCAAGCACAACGUCCUCCUCAUCUGCGACGAGGUCCAGACUGGUCUCGCGCGCACGGGCAAGCUCCUCUGCUUCCAGCACAACCCGAACGUCAAGCCCGACAUGGUCCUCCUCGGCAAGGCGCUUUCGGGCGGCAUCUACCCGGUCUCGGCCGUCCUCUCGCGCAAGGACGUCCUCCUCACCAUCCUCCCCGGCGAGCACGGCUCGACCUACGGCGGCAACCCGCUCGCCUGCGCCGUCGCCAAGGCCGCUCUCGAGGUCAUCGUCUCGGAGGACCUCUCUGCGCGUGCCCAGUCGAUGGGCGACAAGAUGCGCGCCGGCCUGCGCGCCCUGCAGAGCGUUGGCCCGGACGGCGGCUGGAUCUCGGAGGUGCGCGGCAAGGGCCUCCUCAACGCUAUCGUCAUCGACCAGGCCAAGAGCAAGCGUGGCAGGUCGGCGUGGGACCUGUGCCUCAUCAUGAAGAGCAAGGGCGUCCUCGCCAAGCCGACGCACGUCAACAUCAUCCGCCUCGCGCCGCCUUUGAUCAUCACGGACGCCCAGCUCGAGACGAUCCUCGCCCGCAUCAAGGAGUCGCUCGAGGUCCUCGACGAGCUCGAGACGAUCCCUGGCGCCGACGACCACCACAAGGCGUCGGACGAGCCGCAGAUCGACCUCUAAAUGGUCGCACCCGUCCAGCUUCAUCUUCCCGUUUCUGUCUCUCGUUCUCCCAGUUCGCGCCUCGUACCCGUCGUUAUAAAGCACGCACACCUCGCAGAGAUUGCACUUCAGUACCCCUCCUUGUAACACACUCGUCGCUCGGCC